GGAAGCAGCCUGCGCGUCACUGCCUGACGCCAAGGGUUGGGGUGUGCAGGGCGCAGAAGUUAUAUUGCUUUAAACUUACAUACUUGGAACUUUCUUUUUUUAGUAACUUUUAUUUCAUAAACUCACAGCUUCAUAUUUUUUGUUUUUAAUCCAGAUCGUCAAAUCUACGAAAAGAUGAUUGAUCAGGUGACCGGAGUGGGGGCUUUGCCCUUUACCGUCCAGCUCAAAGCCCUUCUGGAUCAAGAAGCCAGGUAUCAGCCCAAACUCUGUGGACUGCGAGUCAUCGAGUCCGCUCAGGAUAACGGUCUGAGAAUGACGGUCAAGCUGAGAGACUUCCAAGUCCGAGACCUUCUCUCCUUGACGCGGUUCUUCGGCUUCAGUUCGGAGACGUUCUCCCUCGCGGUGAAUCUUCUAGAUCGGUUCCUGGCUGUGAUGAAGAUUCAGCCCAAGCAUCUGUCCUGUGUGGCUCUCUGCUGCUUCUACAUCGCCGUGAAGACGUCCGAAGAGGAGAAGAGCGUUCCUUUGGCCAGUGACCUCCUCCGGAUCAGCCAGAACCGCUUUACGGUCCACGACAUGAUGAGGAUGGAGAAGAUCAUUCUGGAGAAGCUCUACUGGAAGGUCAAGGCUCCGACCGCCCUUCACUUCCUCAGAUUCUUUCACGCUCGCAUUCAAGAGCAGCUGGAUGCAGAAAGUAAGCGGACUCUGAACAUCGAGAGGCUGGAGGCUCAGUUGAAGGCUUGCCAUUGCUCCUUUACUUUCACUAAAAUCAAGCCGUCGCUGCUGGCUUUGGCUCUUCUGGCUCUGGAGAUCGAAGAUCAGCACGAGUGUGAGCCGGUUCCUGCUCUCAGAGAAGCUCUGGAUGCUCUACAGCAGAGUUUGACUGUUAAAGCUGGAGACCUGGUUUGCGUGAGGGAGCUGGUGGCUAAAUGCCUGGCUGAAUACGCCUCCACCAAGUGCCUGAAGCCAAACGGCCAGAGACUGCGAUGGAUGAUUUCGGGUCGAACCGCCAGACAGCUGAAGCACAGCUACUACAAGAUCGCCCAUCUACCCACGAUCCCCGAAUACGCUUGUUAAGACCGUUAGUGUCGAGCGCCCAUAACAAAAACCUGCUAAAUGCAGUCGUGUGAAUGCUUUAAAACUUCUAAUCUGUGUUAUGGGCACCCAACACUAAUUUCUCUACUUCUCCUUUCCUCAGUCUUUGUUCUCUUUGACACCUGCCGUGAUUGUAUUUAUUUCACGUCUUGAUUGCUAGUCAAGGGUGAGUUUGAGCAAGUAAGGCUUGCACGUGUACAGUAUGUUCAUCUGAAUCGGCGCGGGACGCGCCGGUUGUUUGAAGCAAUGAAGUAUAGAGCCGCCUAGGUCCUCAGUCCACCAUGUGGAAGAGGAGGGAGAAGGGUUUUGAGAUUCAAGACAACAACAGAACCAAGAGAUCAGGCCCAAAACCCUUCACUCCCACCCUAGGCUGUCAGCUGUCGUAAUGCACACUCCUACCCAAGGUGACGAAACAAGAUUU